GAGUUGCAGGAAGCACUUGACGCAACGGAGGUUUCGCAGAAGGUAGCUCAACGAACAAUUGCGAAGCGAGCGUGAGCACGCCGAUCACCUAACGCAGGCCCUGCAGGAACGUGAAGACCACGUUGCAAAGCUUGAAUCGGAAAGGCAAUACAGCUCAGAGAGCAUUUCUAGACUGGAGGAGAACAUCAAGAAAUGUAAUACCGAAAUUAAUACGCUGUUGCAACGCGUAGUUCAGCGCGAAGCUCAAGUCGAAGAAAUACGGGAGCAAUUGGCAAAUCAGAAAAGAAGUCACGCCCACCAGUUGGACGAACACAAGCGAGAGCUCGAGGAAAUGAUCAUGCAGGAGAAGGACGCCAGAGAACAAAUGGAGGUGAUGAUUAAGGAGAAGGCCGAGUCGGACGUUUUGCUUGGUACCCUGAAGGAGAGGGUAAAUGCGCUGAAAGACGAAGUCGAAAGAAUGAGAAGGCAGAUCCACGAAUUACAACAGGAAAGCGCGGAUAAGGAAGUGAAGGUCAUGCAAUUGACGAAGCAGAGGUCCCAGGAUAAGGAAGACCUGAAUGGAUUGAAUAUUGCACUUGAUUCAAAGCAACAGGAACUGGAACUGCUCAAAAGGAAGGCGGGGAUGCGUGGCACUGCAGGGAGUACACCAGCACAACCUUCAAAAAUCCAACCUAGAAGCCGUGAAUCAGCACCCUUCUCUACUCCCUCAACAUCGAGGCCCUCAUCCGCAUUGUCAGAUGUUAGUAAAGACGGGCUCAAAGAACGGAAAGUUUCCGAUCCACCUUCGGCAAUUGCGAGGCCUGGCUUAUCAGCUUUGAGCAAAAGUGCCCGUAUGAACGCUGCUUCGGGUUCUAAAGUUGCAGGGAGCAUGGGACCUCCUCCAGCCAAAUUCUCUCGACCAUCUCUAUCAGGCACGCCUACACCGGCUAGUACAAAGCUCCCUUCUUCUCUCUUACGAUCUACCACUGUGCGGUCGGGGCCAUCCACGCCCACAGCAAGCACCAUGCGCAAAACGUCUGGAUCGUCGCUGAAUCAAUCUCAAAAAUUUCAAGCAGGCGUCAGAAGAUUUAGUGCAGCUUCUACACCAAGCGAGCAAGAUGAAAAGGAGAACAUGGAUGAUACACCUGCUGGACCCACUAAAUCCAUGAGGAGGACCAACUUGGUGCCAGCUUAAUUCCCAGAUAAUCCCACCCAGUUCGCUGUGAUUUGCCAGCCUGUAUAGAAUCCGCGUUUAUGGCACAGUCACUCUUCAUUCACGCACAUUAUGGUAAAUAUGGACCCUGCGCUCCCUGCUUUUGACUUCGUUGCACAUUAUUUUUGCUCUUAAAACUGAUAUUAUCAUCUUCGUUUUCGCAGUGUUUUUACUCACUUUGCUGUCGUCCGUUACUCUGCUGUGUUGAUACUGAAGGCUCGUCAUCACCAUCUGGAUACCCCGUCUUACGCACAUGCAUAUCCCUUCAAGCGUCAUAUGCGCUUGCAGCCUUUGUCUUUUGUGACCCGCUGUUAUAUCUUUAAAUCAUUAUGAGCAUUGAUAGGACUG